GUGUUGCUAACACCGCUCCCCCUCAGAAAAACCCGCUCCUCUUUGCUCCUUUCUUCGCCGGGUCCUAACAGGCCCGGCCGCGGCAGGGCCGGGUUCUUAGCAAUCAGAAUUGACGGCCUCCGAUGGUGCUUUUCCAGCCGGGCGGUUAGGAGAAACACCCAGGAUCAACAGAUUCCUGAGCACAAGUUCUCGACGGGCCCAUUUCUGAACAGGACCCAGUACGUCUUUUCCGCCUGGAGGUGCGUGAAAUUUGGAGGUGCAAGAGGCCUCUUCGUUUUAGGAGCGACUAACGUGGCUUUGCCUUCUUUAGAACAGCAGCCUCGACUGUGAGGCUAACUGAAAAUUUUAGGUGUGAGCACACAGAGGUGCUCUGGCACCACCCGCCUAGAGCCUGAACGACCGGAUUCAAGGGCCAGUGUUGCGCAGUUAUGGCGCCCAAGGGGCGUGUGUGAUUGGCAGGAGCGGCGGGGCCUCGCCCCCAAGCUGUGGCGUGGCACUCCGCAGGCCUGAGGUCCCGGAGCACGUAAGGACUGUGGAGUCUGCGUCUUUGCGACCGGCAGAGGCAGUCAUGGAGGCCGGUGCCUCCGCCGAGCCCGACACCAUCGAAGUGCUGCCCCAGCACAAGUUCGACACCGGGUCCCUAGAGGCCUAUCUAAACCAGCAUUUGUCCGGCUUUGGGGCCGAGCCCGAGGCCCAACUGACCGUUGCCCAGUACAGAUCAGGACACUCUAAUCCAACCUUUUAUCUCCGGAAGGGCUUUCAAGCAUAUGUACUCAGAAAAAAACCACCUGGGUCACUUCUUCCUAAAGCACAUAAGAUCGAUAGAGAAUUUAAAGUGCAGAAAGCUUUGUUUUCAAUUGGAUUCCCCGUUCCCAAGCCUUUAUUGUACUGCAGUGAUGCUUCUGUCAUUGGAACAGAAUUUUACGUGAUGGAACAUGUGCAGGGUCGACUCUUUCGUGAUUUCACAGUUCCUGGAGUUAGCCCAGCAGAACGCUCAGCCAUAUAUGUGGCCGUGAUAGAAACCAUGGCUCAGUUACAUUCCUUGAAUGUACAGUCGUUGCAGCUGGAAGGCUAUGGUAGAGGUGCUGGGUACUGCAAAAGACAGGUAUCAACCUGGACAGAGCAGUAUAAAGCUGCAGCUCAUCAGGACAUCCUCGCCAUGAACCAGCUAUCUGAGUGGCUAAUGAAAAACUUGCCAGAUAAUGACAACGAAGAAAAUUUGGUACAUGGAGAUUACAAACUAGAUAACAUAAUUUUCCACCCUAAAGAGUCUCGAGUUAUAGCUGUACUGGAUUGGGAGCUUUCAACCAUUGGUCAUCCUUUGUCAGACUUAGCUCAUCUCUCCAUAUUCUUCUUUUGGCCAAGGACAGUUCCAAUGAUAAAUCAAAGUUCUUAUUUUCAAGAAAACAUAGGGAUACCAUCAAUGGAAGAAAUUAUUUCAAUAUAUUGCCGCCACAGAGGAAUUAAUUCUGUUCUUCCUAACUGGAAUUUCUUUAUUGCCCUGGCCUAUUUUAAAAUGGCAGGUAUAGCACAGGGUGUAUAUAGUAGAUACAUUCAGGGAAAUAAUGCAUCUGAGAAUAGCUUUCUGUUUGCCAAGAUUGUGCAACCUCUGGCAGAAACUGGAUUACAGCUCUCAAAACGGACUUUUGGUACUACACCAUCACAGAUUGAUACUUCUCAGCAGUUGUUUGGACAGAGUAAGACAGGCCAGGAAGUUCUUACUAGGGUGAAGCAUUUCAUGAAACAACACAUCCUCCCAUCUGAAAAGGAGGUAAUUGAGUUCUGUGUUCAAAAUGAAAAUUCAGUGGACAGAUGGAAAAAACCUUUAGUGAUUGAUAAACUCAAGGAAAUGGCCAAAGCAGAAGGCCUCUGGAACUUGUUUCUGCCAGCUGUAAGCGGUCUCAACCAGGUGGACUAUGCCUUGAUUGCUGAAGAAACCGGAAAAUGCUUUUUUGCUCCAGAUGUCUUUAACUGCCAAGCACCAGACACAGGGAACAUGGAGCUGCUCUACUUAUAUGGAAGCGAAAAGCAGAAGCAGCAGUGGCUUGAGCCUCUUCUUCAAGGAACCAUCGCAUCCUGCUUCUGUAUGACAGAGCCUGAUGUAGCUUCAAGUGAUGCCACAAACAUUGAAUGUAGCAUCCAACGAGAUGGAGAUAGCUAUGUAAUCAAUGGCAAGAAAUGGUGGAGCAGUGGAGCUGGGAAUCCAAAGUGCAGAGUUGCAGUUGUUCUGGGAAGAACUAAAAAUACCUCUGCAACCAGGAAACAUUUUAGGGAGUGCUGCUGUUCAUUCUUCAGUGUGGAAUUUCUUGUAUUAAAAAGUGUUGCUGAAUCCUCAAAGCUGUCUGGGGCAGAUUAUGAGACAUAUAGAAAUUUUCAGACCUGUCUAUACGAACAACACACCAUGAUUCUUGUUCCUAUCAACACACCUGGAGUAGAAAUAAUAAGGCCUUUGUCAGUUUUUGGCUACAUAGAUAAUUUCCAUGGAGGACAUUUUGAGAUCCAUUUUAAUCAAGUACGAGUUCCUGCUACCAAUUUAAUAUUAGGCGAAGGUAGGGGAUUUGAGAUCGCCCAAGGCCGCCUUGGACCGGGCAGAAUCCACCACUGUAUGAGAACGGUAGGGCUGGCAGAACGCGCUUUGCAGAUCAUGUGUGAACGGGCAACACAAAGGGUGGCCUUUAAGAAGAAACUGUUUUCACACGAGGUUGUGGCUCACUGGAUUGCUGAAAGCCGCAUCGCCAUUGAGAAGAUACGUUUGUUGACCCUGAAAGCCGCCCACAGCAUUGACACUCUGGGCAGCGCUGGUGCUAAGAAGGAGAUUGCAAUAAUUAAAGUGGCUGCCCCUCGGGCUGUCUGCAAAAUUAUUGACCGGGCCAUCCAAGUGUGUGGAGGUGCAGGUGUGUCCCAGGACUACCCUCUGGCUAACAUGUAUGCCCAAACACGAGCUCUGCGCUUAGCAGACGGGCCCGACGAAGUCCACCUGUCCACGAUCGCGGCAAUGGAGCUGCGGGACCAGGCCAGAGGCUCGAGGUCCAAGAUAUAGGAGGCGGCGGCGUCUCCCUCCAGACAGACAGACUUCUCGUCCUCUCACACUUGCACCACAUUCUGGUUUUGCACCAGUUUGAGCACCGGAUUAAUUACUCAUUUUCAGUAAAAAUUGUACCAUCUGUUUCGAUCAGUGGGUUUUAUAAUUUCAGGGGUAGCACAGGUUUAAGUUAAAUUGUAUAGCUGCCAUCAUUCAGUCUAUCACCUAAGCGUUAGCAUUUAUUCUUAAAACAGCUUGUAAAGAGAUAAUCAAGUAAGGUGCAUAGGCAUAAAAAUGUUUUCACUUUUGGAUUCUCAGGAAUUUAGAUAAAUUCCAUUUAGAUAAAUAUCCAAGGAGUCACUGCUCUGUUGGUGUCUUUUUUAACACUGGGUUCAGGGGUUGGGUCAGCACCUGGCAGGACCACGGUGUUUGCCCUGGGGAAAGCUGUGCGACCCACUGAGGCAUUCCGAAUUCAUAUGAGCCUCUUCAGAAUUCAACAGAAAACAUUUAUACAUAAAAUCUGAAUGCAGUUUUAAGUUUACCAGAAAACAUAGCAUACUUGUUGUAUGAGAAAAUGUAAUUAAGAAAACUUAAUUAUGUUGAUGAGAACAGUGGAUAAUUUAGGUUACAAGAAAGUUACUUAGUUUUGAGAAGAGAUUAAAAACCAUCUGCUCUGAAUGCCAUUCUGUUACUUCAACACCCUAAGCAAACAUUCUUGUGGCUCUUUAAAUCAGUGCUGCCCAGUAUGUACGUAGCGGCCACUGGCCAUGUGUGAUUCUUGAACACUUGAAUUAUGCCUAAUGCACUGAGGAACUUAAGGUCUUUCACAUUUUAAUUAAAUAUUGAUUCUUAGUUACUGGAAAACUUUUGAGUAUGCCUGCAUACUUGGGUGUGUGAACUGACUUUUUCAAAUGUAAAUUUUUGGAUAUCUGAACAGGGAGCAACUAUUUUAGAUGAAAAUUUAGACUCCAAAUUAAGAAACAGAGUCACUCACUCAUACCAAAUUUUGAAGACUUACUAUGAAAAAAGGUGAAAUAUCUCAUUAAUACUUCUUAGUCGCAAUUACAUAUUGAAAUAAUAAAAUGUGGAUAGAAAGCA